AUGCCGUCGGCUUCUGAGAGGGCCAAAGCAAAGCUCGAUGCGGUGUUGAACGAUCCGGGACGCAAUGAUUGUUCCCAUCGGUCGAAUCGCAUAGCGACGACACGAUAUGCUGCGGGCUGUGGUGUAGUUAACGCUGUUCCGCGUCGUCCCAGCCAGAGCAGCAUAGAAAGCGCAAAUGGUGGUGUCAGGAACAGGCUCAAGCGUCUCCUCUCGCUGCCAGCAUACUGA